GCACACCCAAAGGCGGGCGGUGCUUCUUUAGCAACGACUCUAUUCAAUAUGGAGUACAGAAAAUAGACAGUUUCAGUCCCCGUUUCCCUGCUCUCAUUCAGAUUUCGCUCACUUUUUUAAAUGUCGGGCACAAGUUAUGAACUCUCCCUCACAGACGUCAGCUCCCGGGACCCGCUCGCGUACGUUUGACGCAUUUGGAGACAUGGUUUGAAUGUAAUUUAUUUACUAGCAUACUCAACAACAACCUCGCUGCCGAACAGGCUGAAACUGUCCAACACUUUAAAACUACGGGUUUCCUUUUUAAAAAAAGCGCCAGGUUACAUAACAGGACAUAUAUAAUCGACGCUCUCAAUAUCCGGAGGAAGGUUUGAAUCAUUUGUAGUUUGCGCGAAAGUAACGUGACAAGUUUUGCCGACCCGGCGGGGUUAUCGGGUGAAAGGUGACAUCGCUUCAGUCUAUUGACUCGUAGAAUGCACAAUGCAGCGAGUGUCUCAGCCUCUUUGGGAUCCAUGGGACUGCUGCGUCUCUUCGGGGUGUCCUGGUCCUGGAGUCUAGCAGCAGGCCUUGGAGUGUAUCUGGGCACAAGAACCUGGAAAUACUUCUACAUUGCAGCACUUACCGCCAAGAGAGACCUCAAUGGCCUGUAUGUGCUGUUGAGAGUGAAGCUGGCUCUGUGGCGCUACAUGCGCAAUGGAAGUAAUAUUCCUUCCAUAUUCGCCCAGACAGUAAAACGCCAUCCGAAUAAACCAGCACUGAUCUAUGAGGCCACAGGGGAAACGUGGACCUUCACACAGCUGGACGAGCUGUCUAACGCAGUGGCUCACUGGGCGAGAGAUCAGGGAUGGGUCUCAGGGGAUGUGGUGGCCCUCUUCAUGGAAAGCAGGCCGUUACAGGUUGCACUUUGGCUGGGCUUCGCCAAGGUUGGGGUGGAAGCUGCACUUAUCAACUUCAACCUCCGCCAUGAUUCCCUGUUGCACUGUAUCGGGGUGUCGGGGUCACGGGCUAUUGUGUUCGGAGCCGAGCUUGCUGAUGCCAUGUUGGAGGUCAGCUCUUCCUUGAGCAAGUCCAUGGUACGGUUCUGUACAGGAGACCUCAGUGCAGAACAUCUGGCCAGACUGAGUGCUCAACCUCUGGACCCAUUUUUAGCUGCUGCAUCUAAACAUCCCCCUUCCCCUUGUGUUCACUCCAAAGGCAUGAAUGACCGACUAUUUUACAUUUACACCUCUGGCACCACAGGACUGCCCAAGGCUGCCAUUGUGGUGCACAGUCGUUACUACAGAAUUGCUGCUUUUGGGUAUUUUGCCUUUCGCAUGCGUCCUGAUGACAUCAUCUAUGACUGCCUGCCUCUCUAUCACUCAGCAGGUAAUAUCAUGGGAAUUGGUCAGUGUCUGAUCCAUGGACUCACUGUGGUAGUGAAAAAGAAAUUCUCUGCCAGCCGCUUCUGGGAUGAUUGCAUUAAGCACAACUGCACUGUGGUGCAGUAUAUUGGGGAAAUCUGCCGCUACCUCCUGUCACAGCCAGUGCAUCCAUCAGAAAAAGGCCACAAAGUUCGGCUAGCAGUGGGAAAUGGGUUGCGUCCCAGUGUGUGGGAGUCCUUCACAAAACGUUUUGGGGUGGCACAGAUUGGCGAGUUCUACGGAGCAACAGAGUGCAACUGUAGCAUUGCGAACAUGGAUGGAAAGGUUGGAGCCUGUGGAUUUAACAGUCGCAUUCUCCCCAACGUGUACCCAAUCCGUCUGGUCAGGGUGGACGAGGACAGCAUGGAACUGGUUCGCAACAGCCAGGGCCUCUGUGUGCCUUGCCGCCCUGGGGAGCCAGGGCUUUUGGUGGGUCGUAUCAACCAGCAGGACCCAUUACGGCGUUUUGAUGGCUAUGCUAACCAGGAUGCUACACGGAAGAAGAUAGCUCAGAACGUUUUUAAGAAGAAUGAUUCUGCAUAUAUAUCAGGUGAUGUGCUGGUGAUGGAUGACCUGGGCUACAUGUACUUCCGUGACCGUGGCGGAGACACAUUUCGUUGGAGAGGAGAAAAUGUCUCCACCACAGAGGUGGAGGGCAUACUCAGCAAUCUUCUGGGUCAGACUGACGUAGCUGUGUAUGGUGUGACAGUGCCAGGUGUUGAAGGUAAGGCAGGUAUGGCUGCCAUUGCAGACUCUACAGGAAGUUUUGACUGCAGUGAUUUCUUGCUGAAAAUCCAGCAAGCUCUUCCUCCAUAUGCUCGCCCUGUGUUCCUGCGUAUCUCCCCACAUGUAGACACCACAGGUACAUUUAAAAUCCAGAAAACCAGGCUGCAAAGGGAGGGAUACGACCCACGUGUUACCACUGACCAGAUCUACUUUUUGAACACUAGAGCUGCACGUUAUGAGGCUAUAGAGGAGGAGCUUUACAAUGCUAUAGCGGAGGGAAGAAUGUCUCUAUGACACAGAGGCCAUAGCAGGGCAGUGUUGGUGGCUCAGUUUAACAGAUGCUGUUGAGAGAAGAUAACUUAUGCACAUGCUGGUGUUUGGAUCAGUCAGUCUUGGUGCACCACUGGCAUGGUGGAUUUUAACCUUUGGCUGGAUUUUAACCUUUCAGGGAACAGAAUUGAGAUGACUAUUUACAUAGGCAGAGUAUUGUUACUGAUGAUGUUCUAACACUGUAUGAUUAACAGACCAGGAGGUAAACGAAGGGGAUUUAUUUACUUUUUAAUAACUGCUUUUUAAUUAGUAAAUGAACACCUCAAUAAGCUGUUGAGCAUUACCGCACAUACAGUGGGUAUUUCCCACAACCCAUUUGAAAUAGGAUACAUGUUACAAUAAAGUGGUAAGGACAGAAAAGGGUAGCAUUACAUCAAACUCUGUUACAGGGUAUACACCCAUUUAUGAAAUAUGCUGCAAGAAUAACGGUGUAGGUUUAAGCAAUAAUUGAGUGUGAAGUUAUGAAGUUACUGCUGUGUGCUUUGGAUGAGGCUGCAAGACAAGACUUCAGCAUGCAGUACAUGUGGCAACUAGAUCAAACACUAACCAUAGUCAUUUUUUUAAUGCAAUGGAUAACUAAUCUUACUUGUCAUAUUUGAACCUCUGAACAACAGUGGCACGGGUUUGCAAAUACACAAAAGUUGUUACUGUAUGUGCCUUAUAUGAAACUGCAGAUCUGUUUCUUUUUUUAUGCUUUUCUUGGAAAUCACAGUAGUGAUUUUGUGUCAUGCAAAACUGAGUCACACAUAGUGACUGUCACUUAAUGUAACAAAUCUUAUCUGUGUAGUAAUACAUACACAUAAUGUGUGUGUGUGUGUGUGUUCAAGAUGAUGAAGUUAUUUACAAUUACAGAUUUCCCAGACUACAUUUUUGUUGUAACUGCAAUUAAAUAUUUAAAACCA